GUGGGAUUCUGACUUAGAGGCGUUCAGUCAUAAUCCCUCAGAUGGUAGCUUCGCACCAUUGGCCGAUCGGCCAAGCACAUGA